CGCGGAGAUUAUAACCGAUUUGCUGACUGUAACGGCUUCGAGGAUGAAUGCAGUCGACUUUUCCUCACCAGCCAUUACAGACAAGUUACAACGUGCACCUGGAACGGUGGUCUCUUCGCCUCGUCUACAUGUCGGCUUUCGUCACAGCCGUAAUCCUCAACGCCGCUUACUGCGCCAGAGUUGUCUCUCACCUGGCCAAUUCGAACAGAUCUCUGCCUUUCACAAAUCUGGAGGAGGCGUACGCUUCUGGCUACGAGAUACAAGUCGUGCCCGGAACAUCUGCUGCUGAGACGUUUCAGUAUGCAUCAGAGGGAAUCCUACAAACCAUUAACAACGAGAUGAUUCAGCCAAAAUAUUUUUAUCUUCCCGUCACCAUUAACGAAGGGCUGUUGCACAUGUGCAACUGGAAGAAGACUUGUUUUGUGUCAGAGAGGAAUUCCGUACGGUGCUCGCGGCAACACCCUUGUGACGCCAUUGAAAUUUCAGUCUCGAUGUCAUCCGUCUAUUUGGGCUUUGCACUCAGAAAACAGAGCCCUUUCACACGCAUCAUCAGUUACAAAAUGGAGAAACUGCGAACGAGCGGUAUUCUGAAGAGACUUAAAUCGACGUCUUGUAAUCCAGCGCAGCCAGAUCAGGGCAGUAAUUUCAAACGAGUGCAGUUCAAAAACGCAGCACCUUUGUUAGCAAUAAUGUUCUUUGCUAUUGUUGUUUCAUUUGUACUGGUGCUAUGGGAAAGAGUAUUAUUCCGGUACACUCACAAAACACAUCAUACCUCCGACCGUAAGUUCAAAAAAUGCAGGAAGAGGGUCACACAUAUGCCUAAGUAUUUACCGUAGUCAAGGAGACUUUGAUCAUUGGCAGUGUAGUUCAUAUCAUGAGGGUAAACAUGGUUCUUUUCUUUUUGCUUGCUAUCGACUACUUUCUAAGAUCUCCCUUGUUCCCACUUCUUUCUCACUAUACUCUCUUUCUCAGGAACGAUCUAUACAUAUAUCGUUCCUGAGCCCAAUAACGCCAGACCCACGAACCACAUUCUUCACCGUCUAACUCCUCU